CCUCUGGUCUAAAAACUGUCUGGAGUUGGAGUCAAACUCUCGCCACAGAUCUCUCAGAGGGUGCGCACAGUUGUCAGUUGUAUGAUGUCUCCUCUUGUUGCCCGCCUGCUUCUCCUUGUGUGCCUGGCGUUGCCUCUUAAUUGCGUGGAAAAGGUGAGAAAUAGAGGAUACCGAAAGGAUCCUGACGCUGACAAGUGCACAGGAAAUGAUGCAGAAAAGCCCAACUGCACUUUACACUCUGGAGAAGGAAGAUCUACUUAUUUGAACAAAAUGUAUGGCAGUUGCAUGCAGGGGCCUCAAGGCAACCCUGGCAGAGAGGGUAACCCUGGAACCAAUGGCAUCCCGGGGACUCCGGGCAUCCCUGGUCGUGACGGGCUCAAAGGUGAGAAAGGCGAGUGCAUUAAUGAGAUCUUCGAGGAGCCAUGGAGGCCCAACUACAAGCAGUGUGCCUGGAACUCCCUGAAUUAUGGGAUUGACCUGGGUAAAGUAGCUGACUGUACGUUCACCAAGCUACGCUCAGACAGCGCCCUCAGAGUCCUCUUCAGUGGUUCCCUCAGACUCAAGUGUAAGAACGCAUGCUGCCAGAGGUGGUACUUCACCUUCAACGGAGCAGAGUGCACGGGGCCCCUGCCCGUAGAGUCCAUCAUCUACUUAGACCAAGGAAGUCCUGAGCUCAACUCAACCAUCAACAUCCACAGAACAUCGUCAGUUGAAGGCCUGUGUGAGGGUGUCAAAGCAGGGUUGGUGGAUGUGGCCGUGUGGGUGGGGACCUGUGCUGACUACCCCAGGGGUGACGCAUCUACAGGGUGGAAUUCAGUAUCCAGAAUUAUCAUUGAGGAACUGCCCAAAUAAAAAUAAAAAAAUAAACAAAAAUUACAUGUAAGGGAGGGACCAGCCCUGCUAGUAUAACAGUAUGUUUUCUGGCCCUCCAAAAUGAUCAGGUAUGGUUGAGAUGUCACAACGGUAACUUGAAUGUUGUUGUUUUGUUUUGUUUUGUUUAAAUACUAUACUAGUUGACAGGCCUAUAAACAAGAAUACUGUGUCAUUGUGUCUACAAGAAAUAAACUUUGUACUGUAGCUUUUCUGCUUGUGGGUGCAGAAACCAUUUAACAGACAUUGUGACACGACCCUGACAGAAUUUAAACUAUGUACUCAUGUGACCUGUUUAUAUUCAUCCUCAUUACUGUUAAUAAAGUAAUCUUUUUUAAAGAAUUUAA